AUGUUAUACCAAUUCAUCAUUGUAUCACUUGGAGCAAUGCAAGGUGUCAAGGCAGAGACAAGAAUCGAUCUACCUGAGCCAUCAGAGACUGUAAUAAUAAACGACUGGAAGAAGCAGGAGAACAAGAAUGCCGAAAAACACAAGCAGAGGAGUCUUGAAAUACGCAACAAGAUCAGAAAGGAUCAGAAUAAACGACUGAAGCGCAUUGCUCGCAAAAUACGUGAAGCAAAGAAAGACGCAAUCAAAGCAGGAGAAAUUGAGGAGGAGGCAACCAAAACAGUGGCUCCUAAAAGUGAGAUAAAACUCAACAUGUCCAAGAACCUGGAGAAAAUUCUAGAAACAAACAAGAUCAGCUUGCCUGAGGAAAUGACUAAGAAAAAGGUGGAAAAGGUAGAGGCAAAGAAGUUCAAGGUGAAGAAGAUGGAAAAGGUUGAAAAGAAGCCACAAGGAGAGAAGAUAAUAAUCGUAAAGGAAAGCAAGGGAGACGAUGAGGCAAAGAAGGGGAAAGUGGCAGAGAAGAAGGAAAAAGACAAACCUGAAGGCAGCCUAUCAAACAUAAUGUUCUCAAGCACGAUAAAGACGAAGGAGGAGAUUCUGAGAAGCAAGGAUUCCCUGAAACUUAUGGAAAACAACAAUAAAAUCAGGAAGAUCAUUGCACAGCUGAAGAUAAUCACAGAUGAAAACGAAAAGAUUCUCGAUGCAUUCAGGGCAAAUGUCGACGAAAAGAGAGAAGAGGAAGACAAACCAAAGGAUGUCAUGAAGUACAAGGUGAUUGAGGUGACAGAGAAGCCAUAA